GUGUUUUGAUAAUCGGACUGGAAACGGAUGCCCAUUCUGAGGAACGGAUGUCCUUUACUGCUGCCGGGAGGAUGAUUGCCGAGUGUCCGAUCCAUCGGAAUAGAGUUUAUGGUGUGCUUGCAAAAGCUUGGGCGGAUCGUAAGGAUUUCCAGGUAAAUGAAGUUGAAGAAAACCUUUAUGCUAUCUCUUUUCAUUCUGUAUCUGACCUGAUGUAUGUUCUGGAAAAUGCUCCAUGGUCUGUUGGAGGGUUUUUGUUCAAUGUUAAACGAUGGGCUCCGGGUAUGUCUUUGGCUGAAAUUGACUUCUCACUAGAAUCUUAUUGGAUACAAGUUCACGGUCUGGAUGUCGAUGAAUUGACCUAUAAUAGUGCUGUUACUAUAGGCAGUAGUCUGGAGAUUUUAAUCAAAGCCGAGAACCCGAUAGUUAACAAUGUUUUAUUUAGGGGUUUCUUAAGACAUAGAGUUCAAAUUGAAGUUUUUAAGCCCCCUUUGCUGGAUUCCAGUCCCAUUCUCAGAAUCAUGAGGAUAAGUGGGCUGAACGAAAGCAUGAGAAGCUCUCAAACUUCUGCUAUAACUGUGGUAAGUUAGGUCACUUAGAUUCUGUGUGUGGAGAAGAGAUGGUCAUGCCUUUGAAGGAUCCAAACCAACCUAUGUAUAGUAAAUGGCUGAGAACUGC